AUGUUCCUCAUCUCUGGUCUCACGGUCAUCCUGGGCCGUCAGGACCAGGGGGGCAGCAACCCCAACGAGGUGUCUCUGAACAUCUCCAGGAUCCUCUGUCACCCCGACUACAACGUCAGUAUCGUCAACGACAACGACAUCUGCCUGCUGCAGCUCUCCUCGGCUGUCACCUUCACAGACUACAUCGCGCCCGUCUGCCUGGCCGCGGACGGAAGCACGUUCAACAGCGGCAUCAUCAACUGGGUCACUGGCUGGGGAAACACCUCGUUUGGAGGUUCAGCCGCGCAAAUCCUCCAGGAAGUGGACCUGCCCAUAGUGGGCAACAGGGAGUGUGACUGCAGCUAUGUGGGCCAAAUCACCAACAACAUGAUCUGCGCUGGAUUGUCGGCUGGAGGGAAGGACUCGUGUCAGGGUGACUCUGGUGGUCCUCUUGUAGUCAAACAGGGUGUGCAGUGGGUCCAGUCGGGAGUGGUGAGCUUUGGUUAUGGAUGUGCCUUGCCCAACUUCCCUGGAGUAUACGCCAGAGUAUCUGAAUAUCAGGCAUGGAUCAACGGUAUCAUCACCACCCACCAGCCCGGCUUCGUUGACUUCCGAUCCGGGGGAAUCAACAGCGACGCCACCUUCAACUGUGGCCCAGUCACCGCCUCACCGACCGCCCCCGCACCGUUGACGUGCGGCAGCGCCCCCAUGAACACCCGCGACAGCAGGGGGCUGGUGCAGUCCGCCGGCGUGUGGCCCUGGAUCGCUAGCCUGCAGGUCAACGGCACGCACAUGUGCGGCGGCACCCUGGUGACUGCGGACGCCGUCCUGAGCGACGCCUCGUGCUUCACCAUGUACCCCAAUGCCUCCUACUGGACGGUUGAGUUGGGCCGCCGGAAUCUGAACGGCCCCAACUCCUUCAACAUGACCCUUGGGGUGAAAUCCAUCACCCUCAGCAAUCUCACCGGAGACAACAUCGCCGUGCUCAUGCUGUCCAGUGCACCGAGGCUCUCGGACUACAUCCAGCCCAUCUGUCUGGACCAGGGGAUGGGCAGCUUCCUGAACAACAAUGACUGUUGGAUGGCAGGCUGGGGCAUGGGCCAGGGAGGCGACCAAGAAACCCUGCAGGAGUUCAACACCACGGUGGUGGGUUGUAGCAACACGUCAUCCAGUGACUACAUCUGCACCGAAGCGCUGACUGUGAGAAUGGGUGACGCCGGAGGCCCCCUGAUGUGCAAGAGCGGCAACUCUUGGACCCAAGUGGCCGGGCUUCCCAACGUCAUGGGCAACAGCAGCAUGGUGCGCUCAGAGAGAGCCGCCGACCAGUCCAUGUUCACCGCCACAACGCAAUUUGCUGGCUUCCUGAGGGAAACUCUGGGGAGCCUGCCGUCCCCCGCCAACGUCACCACAACCUCCGCCCCCACGACCACCGCCCUCACCACCACCACCACCAACACCCCCACCACCACCACCGCCCCCACCACCACCGCCCCCACCACCACCACCGCCCCCACCACCAGUCACGCGUCAGACGCCCACUUCCCCAUGUCCUACCUCCUCCUCCUCCUCCUCUCCUCCCUCUCCGUGUUCUCUGCGCUGGUCUAGAGGCAGCGUGGCCUGGAAGGGCUCGACUCCGGUUUAUUUUCAUGUUCAAGUAUGUGAUCACACAGAAACGAUCACACAGUUUUAUAUGUUAUUCCUUUUGGGUUUUUUAUGGACUGUUGGAGUCGGUGGAGUCUCAGCUUACACAUGAUACAUGGUUUGCGUUGAGCAUAUUACAUGGAAAAGAUCUCUUUUGCUCUUAAAUAUGAAGGUGCCGAGUUAUAAAAUACACAUCUCUUUUUGAUAAGUGCUUCUUAUUUUAUUUGGGGUUCGUUUAGCUACCAAUGGUUAGGAGAGACUAAAGGUUGAGAAUAUAAUUACACUGGUGGUGUGUUAUAUGACCCUAACACACCAAAAAUGUUUGAAGUGUCAAUGCAAUCAAUAAAGUAUAAGGCAGACAACUUUUUUUUUUACUUAAAGUACCAGCAUGGUGUUCAUGGACUUCAAGAAGUGCUGCAAACACAGAAGUCACAGAAUGACUUGGGAGCGUGACAGAGAUGGUCUUUUUUAUAUUAAAAAAGGGCAUUACGGUCUACUUAAAUUAUCAAUUUGGCGGCAGUUAGUAGGUGACCUGGAGGUCAAAGACACUUGUGAGCAAGUAAGAGUGAGCAAGUCAGAUUAUCAAUGUGGGGGCUCAAAGCAUAAUAUCAUCGUAAAUAAUCUUUAAAAUUAACCUUUGUAAUGGACUUUUAGGCAAAUCAAAGCAAACAUACACUUCUGGGUUGCCCCACGAAAACACGUCGGCCUAAUCCGUCCCAAAGAUCAUCUCAUUAAAUGACAACUCAGAUGACUUCACAACGCAAAGACAAGGUUUCCAAAAACAUGCAAGCUGCGUGAUUUCAGCGGCACUUAGCAUCCAUAACAACCACCAUGAAAAAAACGUCUUGACUAAAUAACUAAACAUCAUAUAGGCCUACAUACCCUGAACGGAAAUGUUAUAAUGGAAUGCAAAUUUCUCCCUGGAAGGGUUAUCAAAACGCAAUUCAAUGCCGAAACUAUCUCCAUUGACAAUUAAAAGACGCAGGACGCAGGACGCAGGACGCACAACCCUCGCUCAAGACACUUCAGAAGGUAGUUUGUGCUAGUUCUUCAUUAACGAAGUAGGGGGUGACUCGUUAAAUAAGGGGACAGCAAACAUGGGUGGAUUUGCUCCAGACGGGUAAAAUGUAAUUAAAUAUUUGGCUGAUUGCGAGCUAGCUAUGCUAAUGUACAAACUAAAACUUAAAAUAUGAACGAGAUUCCCAC